UACCGAACCCACCCCCACUCCCAUCAAAUUCUCCCUGAGAUCGGUGUAUCGGAUGAUUGACUUGACACUAGAGUCCGACGAAGACAAGGACGUCAUUGGCAGCAUGCAUGAAAAGUCCAACCCGGACCUCAAGGGCAAGAAGAAAGAGGUAGUACUCAAGAAGAAGUCUGAAAAGGAAAUCAAGCGCGCAGCCCAGCUGGACCACAUAGCCGUCAUGUUCACCCCCGCCCAGGCCAUUGCCGCGCUCGCAAACCCAAAGCCCCUUGAUAUCACGUACGAUAUGAAGACUGGGGAGCGCUUCACGUUUCCCGUUAAGAGGUCGUACCAUUUGGGUGCUAUGGGUCGCUAUAUGCCCCCUGCUGCUGACGACAAGGCGUCUGGUCACGAAAAGAAGGAGUCUACCAAGGGCAAGGGCAAGGCUCGUGCUGAGGGUGGGGGGAUCUACUCAGGAUAAUGCAUAUGAUGCCGGCAAGUAGCUUAUCCUACUCAAACUGCUAUAAAAAAAGCAGAUGAGAGGAAAGGGAGGGAUUCUGGGGCAUCCGACAGGUUUUCAUGUAACUUUGUCAUGACGAAUCAAACGAUGAACUUUUCUGGUAUGACAGGUUUAUGGAUUCGUGCUGUCGAGCUGUUCAUGGGGAACUUUCGAUAAUUCAAAAUUCACUUCAAAUAAU